AUGCACUACCACCAGAUUCUGGCUGGCCUCGUCCUCGCCGGCUCCGCCCAAGCCAGCCUUUACUCCAAGAGCUCCGCGGUCCUCCAAGUAGAUUCCUCCAACUACAAUAAGCUCAUCACCAAAUCCAACCAUACUUCGAUUGUCGAGUUUUAUGCGCCCUGGUGUGGUCACUGCAAGAACCUCAAGCCCGCCUACGAAAAGGCCGCCAAGAGCCUCGAGGGCCUCGCCAAUGUCGCCGCCGUAAACUGCGACGCCGCGGAGAACAAGCAGUUCUGCAGCUCCUUGGGCGUGCAGGGUUUCCCCACCCUCAAGAUUGUCAAGCCUAGCAAGAAGGGCAAGAACCCCAUCGUCGAGGACUAUCAGGGCGCCCGCACCGCCAGCGCCAUCGUCCAGGCCGUCACCGACAAGAUCAACAACCACGUCAAGCGCAUCACCGAUGCCGACGCCGACGCCUUCCUCUCCGCCGACCCGGACACGCCCAAGGCGAUUCUCUUCACCGAGAAGGGCACGACCAGCGCUGUCAUUCGCAGCAUCGCCAUUGACUUCCUCGGUUCCAUCGUUGUCGGCCAAGUCCGCAACAAGGAGACCAAGACGGUCGAGAAGUUCAACAUCCAGUCCUUCCCUUCCCUUCUCCUUCUUCCUGGCGGAGACCAGGAGCCCAUUCUCUUCGAGGGCGAGAUGAAGAGGGGUCCCAUGGUCGACUUCCUCGCUCAAGCCGCCCAUCCCAACUCGGCCUCCGACGGCGCCUCCAAGAAGGAUGCCAAGCCGCCCAAGGAGAAAAAGGACAAGAAGGAGAAGCCCAAGCCCAAGGCGGAGGAGCCCGUCGCCGAGAAGCCCGCCGCUGAAGAGCCUGUGGCUGAGGAGCCCUCCGAGCCCGAGGCGGAUGCCGAGACUCCUCCUGCCCCUCCCGCCAAGAAGGAAAUCCCCCAUCACCACCUUCCUGACCUUGGAGGAGCCAAGGAUGAGGCCGCCGACGCCCUCGUCGACUCUCUCGCCGACAUUGUGCACAGGAACGCCAAGGCCGAGCGCAAGCUCUUCCCCUUCUACACCAUCCCCAGCCUUAACCCCGCCCACGCCCAGCUCGCCAAGGCCCUCGAGGUCACCGGUUCCAUCGAGGUCGUUGCCAUCAACGCCAAGCGCAGCUGGUGGAGACGGUACGAGGGCGACUACUCCGAGGCCAGCAUCAUGGACUGGGUCGAUGCCAUUCGCAUGGGCGAGGGUGCCAAGAAUAAGCUGCCCGAGGGCAUCGUUGUGGAGGACAAGCAUGACGAGUUGUAA